AGAAAACCUCCCUCUCUUGCUCGUCUAUAAACCCGUGAAAAAACACAACAGUCUACACGGAGAAAAGAGAGAGUGCGUACACCCAAAACCAUACACCGCGACGCACCGAAUAUUUUCUUCUUUCAUCCAUGGCGUCUAAGCUGUGGGCUUCAAGAGCAGCUUCAUACCUCAAGAUCUCUCUUUCUUUCAACAGAGCCUUCUCUUCUGUUGUGAAGGAUUUGAAGUAUGCUGACUCUCAUGAGUGGGUUAAAGUUAAUGGCACUUCUGCUACAGUAGGAAUAACGGACCAUGCUCAGGAUCAUUUGGGCGACGUUGUAUAUGUGGAAUUGCCUGAAGUCGGCACCUCUGUAAAGCAAGGAAGCAGCUUUGGCGCAGUUGAGAGUGUCAAGGCCACCAGUGACAUUAACUCACCUGUUUCAGGGAAAGUAGUGGAAGUCAACAGCGAACUUAGCGACUCUCCAGGCUUGGUGAACGCAAGUCCGUACGAAAACGGAUGGAUUAUAAAGGUGGAAAUGAGUGACUCGGGUGAGGUGAAUUCCUUGAUGGACUCGGAGAAGUACACAAAGUUCUGCGAAGAAGAAGAUGCUAAGCACUGAGUGGAGUGGAAUGCGGCCUGGUGUCGCAUCUAUACAGAUCCGUACGUAGUUUUCCUUUGUGGGUCUUGAUCCUUUCGUGCCUAUGCGGACCCGGAUGGGUUUCAAUUGACCCAUCUGGAGCACAAGUUAAUAAUCCAAGACAAUGUCUUGAGUUCCAUUUAAAUGCCAGUAAUUGAAGUAUUCUCAGCCACUGCAUUCUCUUUCACUAGGCUUUGAAUUGUUAGUUUUCUUCCAUUCAAAUGUAACGUGCUUUCCAUCGUCGGAUUGUUGCGAUGGUGAUGUGUCGAAAUACAAUACAUGGUCGAAGCUUUUGAUUGCAGAGUUAUCUGACAUGUUCCAUAUUUCAACUUAGAUUUGAAUGCAGGGAUUUCUACUGUUAGAGCCCAA